GUAAUAAAGUAUGAAAUGUAUUAAAAAUACUAUCGAAAAUACUUCAUGCUAAAGGAAUUUAAAAAAUGAUUUGACUACUUUUACUCAAAUACUUCAUUACCCUGUAAUAUAGCUUACAUAAUAUUACAUAAUAUUAUAAACCGAUUCCUAUGAUGUCCGCGACGGUGCGUGACUAUCGCCCGAGCGACUCCAGCCGUAUACGAUCUCGACUGCUCCGACAGGUGUCAAAAGGCAGUCACAUUUCUUACAUCAAAAUGCCACCCUCCAAAUCUGUUUCGUUUUCACAAGAAGAAGAUUCAAAACUUGCGGAAUUGGUCAGUCAACAUCCUUGUAUUUUCGAUGCAGAACACAAAUUUUAUAAAAAUCAAGGCGUGAGAGAUAAUGUUUGGCAGAAAAUAUCGGAAUAUAUGAAUAAGAGUCUUGAUGAUUGUCGUAAGAGAUGGAAGAAUAUGAAGGAUACUUACAAUAAGCACAAAAGAAAUAGAAAAUCAGGAGCUCGGUCAUCUGUGAAAAGUAAACCAUCAAAGUGGGCACUAUCACAUGCACUUUCAUUUCUCGACGUCGUUUCGUAUGAUCGAGAUACUCAGUGUACAAAUGUGGUCAUUGCCGGAAAAGAAGUCGAGAAUGUAGUCGAAGACGUGGAGGUUGGAGAACUGAAUGAUCCAUUUCUUCCAUCAGUUCCGUCUACAUCAGGAAGCUACGUGGAUCCCUCAGAACAGAGAGAUGUUUCAAGACCAGGGAAAAGAAAACUUGUCACCGAAAAAUUCGCAACCAAAAACGAAAAGCAGAACGAAGAGUGGAUCAUGUUGUUAAAAAGGGGGAUUGAAGAACGAAAAAUAAUUUUUGAAACUAGUACAUCUGAGAAGGACGAUCCGAUUGAUACUUUUUUCAAGAGUAUGGCAUCAACGGUAAAAACGUUUUCUCCAAGUUUAAAAAUUAGAGUGAAAAAGGAAGUUUUUAACAUAGUUAACAAUUUGGAGUUUGAAAAUAAUGAUAACAAUGGUUCAACCCCAAGAUCAAACGAUAAUUCUGAGUAUUCAUCUUACAGUAACUUAAGUACGCAGUCAUAUCUAUCAGGAUUUACGAAGUAUAAUAUCCCAACUCCUGCGUAUGUUUCCCCAGAAAUGACCAACAACCAUCAAAUAGCGAAAAACAAUUGCAUGCAGUUUGCAGAAAAUUACGACGAAGAAACUCAAUUGUAAAAAGUUUGUUAUUUACUUAAUAUAAAAAUGAAAUUUUAUCGUUCUUUUUGUGUGUACUAGGUAUUACACUGUGUCUACAAAUUGUUUUAAAAACAUUUAAUUCUUUCGAUAUAAAAAGUUUGUUGUUUUCGUUAGACAUUUAUGAAAUGUGAACAAGUUCUAAUAAUAUACCUUUAUGUAUUAGUUAACUUUGAAAUAAAAAUGGCUUUACUGAUAGUUAAUUAUGAAUUCAAAUCUCGAUUUACUCAGUGCUCGGUAGAACUUUUAAAAAUUAGACUGUUGGUAUCAAAAACAGUAAAACCAAUCGGAGAAUUUACAUUGCAAUUUUAAUUUUAAUUUUAACCUAGUGAU